AUGGAUCUAUCAAUGAGAAUGGUCAAGAAUAUUCCAGGCGUUAUCAGCCAUCACUGGAAGGAAGGAAACAUUAACUGGCCAAUGCUAAUCUACAUUGCGCUGGUCCAUGUUGCCGCAUCAUACGGAGUUGUAAAAAGCUUCCAAGCUUCCUACGAAACCCUGUUGUGGGCUUUCGUCUUGUGGCCUUUCAGUGGUUUUGGAAUUACCGUCGGAGUACACAGAUUAUGGUCACAUAGAUCAUACGAAGCACACUGGAGUGUCCGCUUUCUACUGAUGCUUCUGAACUCUAUUGCCAACCAAGGCAGUAUCUACCACUGGGCUCGUGAUCACCGAGUUCACCACAAAUUUUCGGAAACCGACGCCGAUCCCCACAACGCCACCCGUGGAUUUUUCUUUGCACACAUGGGAUGGUUGUUUGUCAAGAAGCAUCCCGAGGUUGUCAAGGCAGGACGUGAGAUGGAUUUCUCUGACUUGAAGGCUGACCCUGUUGUCGCCCUUCAGCACAAAUUUGACCCUUGGUUCGCCUUGUACAUGUGCUAUGUUUUCCCUGCACAAAUUGCAGUUCGCUUCUGGGGUGAAGAUUUCUGGACUGGUUUCUUUGUUGCUGGAGCCUUGAGAUACUGCGUUGUUCUUCACUUCACCUGGUUUGUCAAUUCUGCUGCCCACCUCUAUGGAGAUCACCCAUAUGAUGUCAUGUCAUACCCUGCCGAGAACCCUUUCGUCUCGUGGUGCUCUUGCGGAGAAGGAUGGCAUAACUGGCACCACAAGUACCCCUUUGACUAUGCUGCAUCUGAGUACGGAAUUUCUUCCCAAUUCAACCCCAGCAAGCUGUUCAUUGACACUUUCGCUUCCGUUGGACUUGUCUGGGGACGCAAACGUGGACACGCUGCAUGGCAAAUGGGACGUGCCCGCAGAGACCGUGACAAGGCAGCCGGAGUUCCACUUCCUAAGCCUGCCCCAAGACCUUGGGAGGUUGAUGCCAAGAAGGAUUAA